CCCUGUACUGAAGUGGCUGCCUGUCACUGAGGCGCAAAGUGCCAUUGUAAGUGUUGGCGCUCGGUGUGGGACACCUGCUCUCUCAGUGCUCCGGUGCGGGGAUGAGCCCCGGUGGGUACCUGCGCGGUGCCGCGGAGAUACAGUUGGCUCCGGAGAGCGCACACCGGUCCCGUACCGUCCCCAGGUCUGUGUUCGUCGCACUGUUCACCUUGGCAGUGGCGCAAGUUGGUUGCACGCUUGGGCUGUUCCUGUACUUUAAGGCACAGGGGGACUCGAGCCGAAUGCCUGAACUUCAUUGCUGGAAAGCAAUUGCGAAGAAAAGAGAACAUGAACAUAUAAAAGAUUCUUCUACGCAAGAUGAAUUUAUGUUAUGUGAAGGGAUAAAGCAAGCAUUCAGCACAGCAGUUGAAAAGGAACUGCAUGGAUUUCUUUCUAGCAAACAGUUCCAAGUAGGAAAUGCUAGAACUGAGACACGGUAUGGGUCAAGGAACAACAGCUGGCCGGUUGCUCAUCUUACCAUUGGGAAUAUAACACCAAGUAACAGUGAACAGUCAAAGGUAAACCUUACUUUCUGGAAUUUCAGAGAAGGUUGGGCAAAUCUGAGAAAUAUAAACUACAAUAAUGGAAAGCUGAAAAUCUUACAAGAUGGCUAUUAUUUUGUAUAUGCAAAUCUGUGCUUUAGACACCAUAUACAUACAGGAAAAAAAUACCGAGACAAGGCUCUGCAACUUAUGAUGUACAUCUGUAAAGCGAGGAAGAACAGGAGGCCUUAUGAAACGCUAAUGAAGGGUGGGAAAACAGCCAUUUGGUCAGAUAAUUCAGUCUAUCAUUUUUAUUCUGUAUAUCAAGGAGGGGUUUUUAAGUUACACGCUGGUGAGGAGAUAUUCAUCCAAGCUUCAUAUUCAGAACUGUUGGACCCAGCUCAAGAAGCAACAUAUUUUGGAGCUUUCAAGAUCCCUAGCCUGGACAUUUAAUUCUUUUCUUAUUCCAUAUUUAGAACUAAAGGGAUCUGAAUAAAAAUGUGAUGCUCUCUACAUACUUCAAUCCUGCAAGAUUGACAGUCACUGCUUUGUGCUAAGACUGAUACAAGAAUCGUUAUCGUUAUUUGCCUUGUUGAUUGUAAAGGUUUACUAACACUGUUUUAAUUUAUCCUCUUUACCAAGGUUUUAUUUGAUUUUGUUUAUUUAAGUAGCAAAACGAUUAUGGUUUCAUGAGAUUGAUUCUUAUUCAAGCUAGGGCAAAAUUGCACCAGUUACCGAGAGAAACCAGACGUUUGUUUUCCUUCUCAAACUUUUAGUAGACUGGUUGGUUGUUGAGCUGAUUUGAGCAAUUUAGCAUAACCUAUGUUAGUAAAUCAGCCCCACUGACACAAACAUGUUUGCAACAACAGUGAGAAUAAAGGAUAAUAGUGGGACUAAAGGACAAUAACACCAAAAAAAUGAAUCAAAUUGAUUAAAAUAUAAUGUUGCCCUUCCACUGGUAAAAGUUGUGUAUUUGCUUUAGAAACACUAUAAUUUAUAUACAAAAAGCUGCUGUGUAGCUAUUCAAACUGCAAAAAGUAGAAAAGGCAGCAUAAAUGGCUGCCCCCAUGACUUCACAGCAGUUUAUUUAUGUCAACUAUAGUAAGGUUUCUAAUACAAACACUUUUACAGGGCAGGGCAAUAGUACAUUAUAUUUUUAUUGCUUCAAAACUUUUUUAAUUUUUGGUGUUACUGUUUCUUUUAACUCUUACCUAAUUUCAAAAAAUUUGAAAAAGUCAGUUUCAUAGGACUUAUCUGAAAGCUUCCUAAAAGUUGCUCAUAUUUACUGCAUUCUGUGCGUUUUUAAGAAACAAUUUUGUGUAGAACAGUGUUAGAUAAUACACAAUGGUACUACUCUUUAUAUUUUCAUUAUAAUGCUUUAUUUAUUCAUGCUGGCAUGAUUUUUUUUUAUGUUAAUAUUAACCUUCCAGUUUUCUGUACUUAAGUUUUUGUUUUAUUUUUUGCUGGGCGAGAAUUCUGAAGGUUGCCUAAAAGUGUCUGUAGUCUCAUAUCAUGUUUGUAUUUCAGUGCAUUGUUUUAUGAAUAAAUAUGUAUAUAUUUUAAGCUCUGAUUUUGCACAGAAGAAACAGCCUUUAUUAAAGCAUAUAGGCACACACUUUUCCCCAAUGGAACAAAUGAUGCUCAACAUCUGUUACAUUCAUAUAUAAACUGCACUCCAUUGGUAUGUUUUGUUUUUUUUAAUUGAAUGUAUCAAAACCCAAAAACUUCCUAAUUGUUGUAGUACAGGAUGCAUUAUCCGGAAACCUGUUAUUCAGAAUGUUCCGAAUUAUGGCAGGACCAUCUCUGAUAGGCUAUAAGAAAAUAAUUCUAAUUUUUAAAGAUGAUUUCCUUUUUCUCUGUAAUAAUAAAACAGUACCAUGUACUUGAUCCCAACUAAGAUAUAAUUAAUCCUUAUGGUAUGGAGAUCCAAAUUAUAGAAAGAUCCCUUAUCCGGAAAACCCCAGGUCCCGAGCAUUAUGAAUAAAAGGUCCAAUACCUGUAUACCACUUUUUCAAAAAUUCCCAGUUAAUAAUACAAUAUCACAGUUUGGUCUAAAACUAAAGUCUGCUGAAAAAGCCAAGUAAAUGCUUAUUUUGCUUAUUUAAUGCUAAAGUCUCUAUGGGGAGGGCGCCGUACAUGGGCUGAUAGGCUGCAGACUUGGUUUGGAGGGGCCAAGUAGCCAGCUUUUAUCUGUCUGUCUAUGGCCACCUUUAAAAUGAGAAGUAAAUUUGCUAUACUUGGUGACUGGAAUAUUGUUUCUUUAGUUGGUGCUUGGUAAUGUACUGGUGCUUAUUAAUUUAGGAGUAGAUGGUUACACCUUAACUUAUUCUUUGUAUAAGCUAUGUCACUGUGUAAAAGAAGAAUAGUCAGAUGAUUACUCGUAUACUUUUUUAAUAUAUGAGAUGAAUAUUUGAAAUUAAAUAAAUAUAUACAUUUUGUUUUCAAAAAAAGUUGUAUGGAUGUGAACUGCAUAUUUAGCAUUGUAAGGCUAAUGGUUUUGACUGCCAAUGCCCUUCAGCUUGUCAGCACUUCUAAUUCGAAUGUAAAGUGCCUACUGAACCCAUAUGGAGCGAUGGCAGACAGACCUUGGUGCAUUGAAGUGUUUUAGCACUAAGGUUACUGCUCUGUUCCAUUACCCUAAUGGUCUUUUUAGCAAAUGGAGAAAAAAAACCUUUUCAACAAAUUACACAAUAAUUAUGUUCUAGUUGAUUUACUGGUAUAGUAGGUGGCAUUGGAAUCUUUUAUAGAUAAUUAAAUGUUUUCCUCUUUAUACAUAUGCUUUGCAAGCAGUAUUACUUGUUUAUAUGGAACCAAAACAUGUAGUUUGGAUGUCAUUUUGAAACAAACUCCUAUUGUUCUGUUCUUUGAAGGGCAGCAUGAAUAAAUGACACCUUCAGUAUUUCUUAACUAAUUCAUUUGUGGUCAAUUAUUGAUGAAUUUUUUUUGUUUUUUUAUUUCAUAGCUUUGAAUAUUAAACCUCUAUUUUAUAUUAUGCAUGUACAUUAAAAUUGUAAAACUUGCAUUGUUAAGAACAUUUCACAUAAAAUAUUUAAUUUUUAUUACAGUAUAUUGUAUAUUGUGUUUCUUUUUAUGUACAGAUAUUUAAACUUUGUGCACUUUGUACAUAUUUUUGGUACUAGCAGCUGAAACAAUUAUUUUAUAUUAAAAAUAAUAUAUUUCGU